ACAAUCGAAACUCCUCUGACACUUUCCUUGGCCAUUCAGAAAGCUUGAUGUUGCUAGCUGACGUCACGUACAGAAAUUUUAGGAAAUUUUAAGCUAAUUUUUGACCAGACAAUUAACAAAAUGUAAAAGACGGGAAACUCAAGCUUGAAUAUAAUCAUAAAAAAUCUAUGGGAAUUAUAGAUAUGUGAUAUUUUAAAUGGAAAAUAUAAAUUGACUGUUAUAAGACUUAAAUCAUGAGGAAUUUACCACCAAAUUCUCCGGAUUUGCCAGUGACUAGAAAUAUGCCAUUCACCACAAAAAGUGUUCCUAGUAAAGCACAGCCACGCAACAUGACUGGUAUUUAUCUUGGUUUGGAAGGGAACAUUAAACCUCCAACAGUGAAAACAACAGUGGGCAUUUCUCCGUUGGCAAGAGGCAGAAGAAUUUCUAAUAGGAUACGCACACCCACAGAACAAAGACGAUAUAGCAAGGAGGAACAACGGAAGAGAUUGGUAGAACAGCUUAGAAUUAAAGAAGAGAGUCGAGGAUUUGUUGGACAGCCAUUAAAGCAACAUCUGUUACAGAGGAGGCAACCAGCAGAUAAUCCUGAGAAUUUGAAUUCAAAUCUUUCUCCACGAUCCCAGACUGCAAAACAAUGGGGACCUGCAAAACAUGCCAAUAGAAAUGAUUUCUAUGAUCUUAUUAGGACAAAUCCUAGAAACUUUACAGUUGUGGUUAACAAUGGAGUGACGAGGUCAGAGAAUUUAUCUGGUUUAGCAAGUUACGAUGAGGGCCAUAAUAGUGAUGGCAUGUAUGCUGAAGCUUUGGCUGACGAGGUGACAAAAAUAUCUACUCAUGACGUAGAAGAUUCUGCUUUGGAAGACUGUUUUAGACAUGUUUGCAAGGGUAAAGUAGAAAAUAUGCAGACAUUAUUACCCUACAGGAAGACACAGCAAUUAAACAGAUCACAAACUGCAUUUAGCACAGGUUUCACUGUAAGGAGUUACAGAAAUCCCAAAAGUGCAGAAAUAAUGGCUAACUUUAAUCAAACUGGACGUCCUAAAACAGUACCAUCACAGCCAAGUCGACCACUGGUGCCCAGUCCCUAUUUCUUUAGAUAUUAUAGUAAUCCAUAUACAAAAUUUUCAUUAAGUGCUAAAAAUGGAAGGACUACUCCAUCUUCUAAGUUUGAAAAUCAGUUCCAGUCUUUGAAUGGAACUGGUUCCAAAAUAAUGGCAGCUCAAGGUGCUGGUGCUCUGUCUCGUGGAAUCAAAACUAGGUCAGCGUGGAGUGAAACAGAUUUUAGACUACAUGGAAAAUUGCAUGGUCGAGGAAUUUUUUAUCAACCGUCAGAACCAGAUAUUCAGGGUACUCCUAGAGAUAAUAAAGAUGAAGAUUCGAUACAAGAAACGGGAAAACCUGUUCAUAUUUCCAUGAAGGUCGGUGAUGACUGUAAGAUGUCAGAUUCUGACCAGAAAAAAGAUGACAUCCAUUUUGGAGUUUCAGACGAGCAUGGGAAGGAAUGUGAAGUCGAAAUAGAUGCUCCAGAAGAAGAGCAAGAAGAAGUAAUACCCUUUAGAGGAAAAGUUCGUAAAGCCUCAAUAACUGAUAAAGUUGAAAAGUCGAGAAUAUCUCAAGCCUAUAUUGAUACAAUAAAGGAAGACGCAGAACACAGAAAGAAAGAGCUUGAAAAAAUGCUUGAUGAACAUCAAGAAAUAGUACAAGAAAUUGGACGAUCAUCAUCAAGAGACAAUUUAGCAGAAGACAAUAGAGACCAUUGAUGUUAUCAGUAACUAUGGUUACAAAGACUUAAAUUGAUGUUCUUCCAAAAAAGGAUUGUUAGAACUUAUUAUGAACAUCAAAAGAAUUACAAAAUAGUUUUUAUUCCACAGUGAAAUGAAAUGGAAUUGAAAAUGGAGUCAUCAAAAUGCUUGUAACUUAAACUGAAAGUUUGUUGUCAUGGAAAUUAAAAAAAAAGUUACAUAUCAAAGAGUUGUCUCCCUCUGGUAUACCAGAAUGCAUCUGUAUUUUUUUAUUGAAAGGUCAGAAUACUUUUGAAACAUGUUGCAGGAUAUUGAAUACAUGUUAUAAACAUGGAACCUUCAUUCAUAUCAAACCUAGAAAUGUUUGUAUGCAGACGAAAUAUGGGUAUAAUUUAUAUAAAAAAAUUUUGUUAAUCUAUUCUCUCAUAUCAAUUAAUGAUCAUUAAUUGAACAACAUAUUAUUUCAUGCAUUUAGUAUUGUCGAUUGUUACUGGGUCGCACACAGGCAAGAUUAAUUAUUGCAAAAUUUUGGAAAUGCACUGCAUUAGGAACUUAUGCUAUCAAAAUUUAAAAUGCAAGCUUUUGAUUUCUUCACAAUAAUUACAAUAAAAUCGCAAACAUUUUGGAAUUAACAGUUCAUAAGAACAUUUAACUAAAAAAAAAACAAUCGUGGUUUUCAUAAUAAUUAGACCAAAAUUGCUCAUUUGGCGUUCAUUUUGUAAUGUCACCAUGAGCAAGCUGACUCACCUAAACAAUAUCAAAUUCCGUACCCAUCUUUUUUUUCGAAAGCUGUAAAUUAAAUUUAAAUACGCUUAUGCAUGCACAAUUUUGCCUUUAACUGUGCAAACUGAUUAUCAUUGUUGUCUAAGAAAUAAUGUCUUGAAAUUUGGACUUUUUUUAAGAUUACUUAAAUGUCUUGAAAUUUUGACAAUGUAUUUUUUUCAAUUCAUGUAAUACAUUGUAUUAACUAUAAAGAUAUGAGUGUCAUUAUAUCCUUGAUCUCCAUGAAUGAAAACUAAGCACACUCAAAGAGCAAGUAUAUUUUUAGAAUGUUCAUGUUUUAAAUUAAUGUAUGAAUACAAAAUAUGAAACAUUUUUGUGUAAUCUGUCCAGUAGAAAUGUUUUAUUAUGUAUAUAUAACAUCGCCUGUGGUUAUAAUAAGCAUUCAUGCUGUAUUCGUCCAGUCAUUCAUUAACGGUAUAAAGUGAAUUUUCUUCAGAUGCUAUUACGAGCAUUGUUUGACAGGAUUUUUCUUAAGCUUUUUGCUCAAAGGCAGCUGCUGCUGCUUUUGUUGUUGCCACUUAAUGAUAAAUUUGAGCAUAAAAUCAAUUGACUACUUUUUGUACAGUGGACAAACUAAUUGGAUAAUAUUAGGGACGGAUAUGUUUCUUUUGUAAUUUCUUAUUUUUAGAAAUGUGUGCGACAAAUCCAGGAAGUAAGAAUCAAAAUGGCUUUAGUAAAUCAAUAUGACUUUAGUGAAGAUUUCUCUUUGGUGAAUAAAAGAAAGAAGGAAUAGUGGAGAUUUCUCUUUGGUGAAUAAAAGAAAGAAAGAAUUUUAAAAAAACCCAGAUCAAACUCAAGCUACACAGUAUUGAUGCUCGCAGACUUACUAAGACUAAAAAAUCUGAAUAUAGUGAAAGGUUUUCCUCAAAUUGUAAUUUUUCCAACAAUUUUACUUUCUCUCUGUACAUGUACAAAAAAAAAAUCACAACAAAGUCACCCUGAAAAUAUUAGAUUUAACGACUUUAUUUCUUGCAUGAAUAUUAGCCAACAUGAAGGGUUUCUGCUGUAAAUUUAAAUUAGGUUUAAAAAAAGGUGGGUUGUAUGGAAUUUAAGAGGUUAUUUUUUAUUAUUAUUAAAGAAAAACUUUCAGUUCAAUAGUAAAAUUGUAAAAAUGUUUUUUUUCUUUUAAAUCUCAGUACUUUAAAUUAUCUCAUUGAUAUCAGCCUUUUUUAUGUUUACAAUAUUGAUUUUGUCCUCUGGAGUUAAAUUUUUGCGGGUUUGAUGUCAUUGAACCCUAUGUUCUAUUGUAACACUGUUGCUAAAUUCUCUUGGUUGAUCUGAAAAUGAAAGCAUCAUCAACACCUGGGGUUCAUAUCUUAAAUUUUCCAGAUUUUAAUCAUGUUGACAGUGUUGUAUUUACUAUUAUGGCUAGGUCAGCUUAUUUAAGUACUUAUAAAUCGUUUUAAGCUCAUGCUUUUCCCAGCUGUACAUGCUUGGAUUAUGAAUUUGUUUAUAGAAAUAUGAUAAAUAUAGCAAUAAGAAAAUAUGGAUUGUUUUGUUAUGUUUAUUUCUAUGGUAAAUUAAGGAGGUAGACAUCGGUUAAGGGAAAUAAAAUCAUCAUUACGUUUGUGUCUACCAUUUUCAUUAUUAUAUUUUAAGCUUCUGGGUUACAUAGAUUAUUUCCAAUCUGUUUCGGGUAUAUGUUUAAAAUUCAUUGAUGAAACUUGACUUUUUCAAAUGCAUAACUGAUUAAAAGAGUUAUCUCCUCCUAAAUAAAGCUCAGCUCCUUAAAGAAAAGACUAAGUAUCUUGUUAUUAACAUUUAUAGCAUGACCCAUCCAUGUGUUUACUGUUUCUAUAAUAGUAUCGGUGUUGAAAGAGCAUUCAAAAAAACUUUUUACAUCAAAUUUGUUUUUGAGAAGGGCUUGGCUGUAAAUGAAAAAAUGAAUAAAGCUGUUAUACUUUUGAUAGCAAUUUCUUCUGCAAGCUUAAAUGCAAUUAAUCAUUUGCAUGAAAAUGAGCAUAUGGUUCUUGGUUGAUAUGCUGUUACAACAAGUUAUAAAAUGAACUUUCAAAUGAUGACAGUUGUACCAAGCUAAAACACUUAAGAAAUAGCCAAAUUUAGCUUUAAAUCAGAAGGGAGAUAACUCUCAGUUAUAAAAUCCAAAGGGAGAUAACUCGCAACAUCUUAUUAUAUUUGUAUAAACUCUAUGAUCAUGAGAGAAAAGUUGAUGAAAAUUUUCAGAUAAAAUUAAUUUAUUUUAAGAAAUGUAAAUAUUGUUGAAUUGUAAAUAAAUUCAAACCAUUGUUUCAUUCAUAACCAUUCUUCAUUGUUAACAAUCAUUCCAGGCAUUUCAUUUAUGUAUUGUUCAUUCCUACCAAAAUAAACUACCAUGCCAAGAAACAAUUACAAAUUACAUGGUUUUAGGUGAGGUUUAGAGGACAUACAUUCCUCCUUUGAUUAGGGGAAAAAAAUUUGCGUUAGGUUGUCAAAAAUGAUGUUUAGCUUUGCUCCCUUUUUUUGACCAGAGUGUACUUUGGUUUAAUAGAACAUUAUUUUUCCUUAAACUGUUAAAAUUACAUGAAAGUUUUUUUUAUAAGAUAACACAAUAGAUAGGCUACCUAAUGGGUUACACUCAGUGGCGGAUCCAGAAAUUUUCAUAAGUGGGGGCCCACUGAUUGACCUAAGAGGGGGCACGCUCCAGUCACGCUUCAGUGUUUCCCUAUAUAAGCAACCAAAUUUUUUCCAAAAAAGGGGGGGCUCGGCCCAUCUGCCCCCCCUCCCCCCUUAAAUCUGCCUCUGACACUGAUGGGUUAACAUAAAGCUUCAUGAUAAUUUUCAAAAUUCUCCAUUGUAUGAAUCAUGAAUGGUGCACCACAGAGCCAAACAAAAAUCACUCUCUACCUGAUUUAAUGCCCAUGAAAUGCUUUUUGGGGAGAGAAAAAAAAAAGCAUGAACAGACAAAGCAUUGAAAUUAUGACUCCAUAGAAUUAAGUUAUGUUUUUAAAAGGUUUGAGUUUUACAUAAAGAUUUUCAUUACAUGAAAAAAAGAUUUGGUAUAUAAAUAUUUUUUAUGACCUAUAAAAAUUUCUGAAGUACAUAUCAGAUUUUUAACUUUUUUCUAAUGAUUUGAUUCAUUAUGGCAUCAUGCAUUUAUGUACAUGUCUUUAUAGGAUUGUAUUUUCACCUUGGAAAUAUUUGUAAACAAGUAUAUACAGGUGCAACUUUGAACAUAUGAGGUAAUUUACUUUUUUCUCUCAAUCUUUUGAUAAUGUUGUCUUUAACCUCUAAAAAAAAGUCAUUUGUAUAGCUGGCUGGUAAUUUUGGUUGUCAGGGUUAAUCUGUUAAUUUGAAUUAAAAUUAUGGUAAACAAAUUAACAGAAUUGCAGGACAAGCAAAAUUUCUGACUCAGCCUUUUUUUUACAGAAGCCAUGUAAACUAUUGUAGUACUAUAAUUAUGAAUUACAUGGAAUAUUAUGUAGUACAUGCAUUUCCGUUUAAGUGCAUUUUGUUUUUUGCAUUUUUUACAUGUGACAAUUUGUCAUUUUAGAAUUGUAUAUUUUGAUGACAUGAGUGAUGCAUUAUAUCAUAGAACAUUUUAAAAUAUUUAUCAUUAUACAUACAAUUCUUUCAUAAUUGUAUUGUUUUGAAUUGUCAAUAUGUACAUUUUUUUUACCCAGCCCAGCUGACUGAUGAUAUAACAGUAUACCCAUUGUACAACAGUUAUAGUGUCUCAUUUUUGUUCCCAUUCUUGGCAAGAAUUGUGGUGUACUGAGAAUGAUGUGUAUUUAGAUCUCAAAUACCUGUGUUUUUUCAAAUGAUCAUAUUCUUAUUCCAAGUUUGGUUAAGUUUUGACUGUGGCACAUUACAAUUUCAAAAUUCAUAAAAAAAAAUGAACUUGCAGACGGUCAAACUUAUCCACAUUCCCAUUCUCUGCAAGAAUUGUGGUGUACUCAGAAUGACGUGUAUUUAGAUCUCAAAUAUCUGUGUUUUUUUGCAAAUUAUCAUAUUGUUAUUCCAAGUUUGGUUAAGUUUUGACUGUGGCACAUUAUUUUUAAAAAAUUAGAGAAAAAAUGGGACUUGCAGACGGUCAAUCUGGUUCACAUGUGUUUUUUUUUAUCUCAGGUCAUAAUGUAUGCUUCGCACAAGGAGUGUAUUUGAUUUUUAAGAGAUCUAUAUUGAAUACUGUAAAUUCAGAAAUUAUUGCGUGCAUUUAUUAUUGCGAUUUUGUCAUUUUACACUUGAAUGCGAUUUAAAUUUUUACGAUUUUGAGAAAAGUCAUGCUUAAUUCAGUUAAAAUAUUACAAAAUGCGAGUUUUAAUUAUUGCGUUUACUACUCAGUCGCAUUAUUCGCAAUAAUAAAAACCUUGCAAUAAUUUCUGAAUUUACAGUAUAUCAAAUUGAUGUAGUUUUGACUAUGUAGUUUUAACAAAUUCUGUAUAAAGCAAUAGCAUAUGCAUGCAUUUUACAAAUGGAUAAUUAGUACUACUGAAAAGUAUAUCAUAUGUGGAUUGUGGAUUGUGAAAUACACAUUGAGUUAUCUCCCAUAUCUCAGUAUUUUCACUAAAAUUUGAGUUAAAACUCCAGUUACCUAAGAUCAAUUUGUUUAUGUUUUUGAAAAUUACAAUUCUAAUGUUCCAUUCCUAGAAAAGAUAUGUAAACAACAUUUUACAUUUAUAAAUAUCUUUUAUCAAGCAGUGUGUUUUGAUUUUUUUUUCUAGUUUGUGUUCAGCGUACAUUUUCCUUUAAAGGUAUAAAAUGAGUUAAGAAGUAUUUGCCGCUGGUUGUUUAGCAACCAAUGAUUAUUCAAUCAAGUUAUAAAAAUAGUUUUUUGUUUUUGUUUUUAAAACAGUGAAUUGUUGCAGGACUAAAUUAGGGAGCAACCAUUUCAUUCUUAUACAGUUAGAUGCGAAAUUGUUUUUACAAACACAAAUUAUUUUUUUUUUUACAAAAUUUAGAAAACUUUUUUUUUCUUUUUUUUUUGUUGUUGCUACAAGCAUAUCCAGUUCAGUUUUCUUUUAUAUAUUGAUAAAUUUUUUUGUGAUCAUUAAAUGUCUUUGCCUUCCCUUAUAAAUGCAAUCGUUGCUCCCUUUAUACAAUGUUAUUAACUCCCUUGCUGAAAUAAAAUUCUUAAUCUUCUGUUGUCAAGACUAUUAACCAAUGGGACAUAAUAUUGUACAUGUACUUUUUUUUUAUUGAUGAUAGAUAUAAAGCUGAAGACAAAAGUUCAGUUUUUCCUUGCACAAUUAAUAAAAAUAUUUUAUGUA